GAGGAGAGUUUGGAUGCUUCGGUGGAGCUGAGCAGCCGUGUGUGUGUGUGUCGCUUGAAUUCACCAUAAGUUCUCCGAGCAAGUUUCGCUGAAUAAGUCGUGGAAUAACAGGAGCAGGAAUGGAGCUGUCGACACCCCGCUUGUGCUGCGUGCUGCUGAGCCUCCUCGCAGGCUUGGCCUCAGGAGUCGAGAUCACAUCUACGUCUCCGACCAUGGAGAAGGCCAGUGGUGAGAGCGUGAAGCUGGAUUGCCAGUUCACUCUGGCCCCAGAGGACUCCGGACCGCUGGAUAUUGAAUGGAGCUUGCUGUCCUCCGACAACCAGAAUGAGGACAAAGUGGUGAUUCUUUACUCGGGCGACAGGGCCUACGAGGACUACUACGCUCCCAUGAAAGGUCGAGUCCACUUCAACUCAGCCGACCCCAAGAACGGAGACGCCUCCAUCAACCUGAUGGGGCUGAAGUCGUCGGAUUCAGGCACCUACCAGUGCAAGGUGAAGAAGGCUCCCGGUAUCCGCAGCAAGAAGAUGAAGCUCAUCGUCAUGGUAAGACCAUCCAAGCCCAGGUGCUUCACCGAAGGCCCCACAGAGGAAGGCAAAGACAUUGUGCUGCGGUGCGAAUCUAACGAGGGAACCAAACCUCUACAGUACAGCUGGGAGAAGACCAGUGACAGCAAGCUGCUGCCCGCCUCUGCAGUGGCGGAUCCCGUGGGAGGCACUAUUAACGUGAGGAAUGCAUCUGCCAGCGCAUCUGGCUCCUAUCGCUGUGUCGCCACCAACAAGAUUGGCACAGAUGACUGUAUACUAUAUCUCAACGUGACACCUCCCCGUAACACCGCAGGCAUCAUCGCAGCGUCCAUAAUCACUGUGCUCUUGAUCCUCAUCAUCAUCGCCAUCAUCCUCUUCUGCUGUUUCCGAGCCCGUAACAAGAAGAAGUAUGAGAAGGAAAUCUGCAACGAGAUAAGAGAGGACGUGCCUCCGCCUAAGAGUCGCGUUUCAACGGCGCGCAGCUUCACCGUCGGUAGCCAGCGCUCCUCCCUGGGCUCCAUGUCGCCCUCCAACCUGCACGAGUACGCCCUGAAGCCCCAGUACGACAAGAUUCCCUCGUCGGAGGAGUACGACAGGCCUCCCAGCCAGGUGCCCCUGCCCCCGCCCAACGCCGCCAGGAUGGCCGCCCCCAACCUCAGCCGCAUGGGGGCCAUCCCCGUCAUGAUCCCUGCCCAGAACAGGGACGGCUCAAUCGUCUAGCAUGCGUCCUUCUUGGGAGAGGACUGUGCAAGUUGGGGUGGGUGGGUGGGUGAGAGGGGGGUGGGGGCGGAGGAAAAGGAGCAGGACACAAGACAAUGAAGCUGGAGCAAGAGCUGGGAUGAGCUUACUUGUCCAUUUUUAGCUCUUCUCUAUUUACAAAUGGAAGUAUCCUCCACUUAUGAAGACCUGGCUCUGCUGUGAUGCUGAGAAGAGAAAAUAUGUUGUACUGAAAUCACAACAGAGGACAUUAACUUUUUAUCAAAUACAAAUACAAAAAAAAAAAAAAAUGAAUCUAUGAAUUUUAUGUCUUGGACCUCCUCGCAGAAAUGAAUUGGUGUGGAUAGUGAGCAGAAUGGUCAAUAUACAAAUGAUAUUGUACAUACGUGAAUGCAUGUUUUAUUAUUUUUUUAUGUAGACGGCCCUCGCUGUAAACAUACUGUAUGUUCUGAACAGAUCCAGGGCCUUAAUUGGCCCCUGUACAGCCGUAUGCAUGCAUAUGUAUAAACUUGCAGCUGUGUGUAUGUGUGAAUAUAAAUGUAUGUUUGUGAAUGUGAGUUUGGGAAAUGUAUAGGUGAUUUGUUUUCUAACCUUGUGGACAUUUGUUUGUCCUUCCAGUCUUUACAAGUGUCUUGGGAUUUUUCUUUUAAAUUACAGAAAUGGUGUGGAAAAAAGUGGCCCCUAGAAGAAAAUUCAAAGAUUCUGAUUUAAUCCACGAACCAAACUAAGGACUGUCUAUGUAGGUCAGCCGUUGCUCCAGAGUUUGAAUUGUCCACUCAGGGUUUGGGUGAGGGGCCUGAAGGAGGCCGGAUUGGCUGGAUCAGCGGGGGAGGUUCAAGCCGCAGAAUCUUGUGAUUGGGUGGAUUAUUGCUUCUUGACCGAUCUUACAAAGGACCAGUGUCCAUCCCCCAACCCUGCUCCAAAGAUCUUAGAAGAAGUGCUAUAAAAGAGGCAGCUGGACAACAAGGUUCACUGAGCAAUCAGCUUUGAUUGAGUUUGACUGUCAACAGGCUCCUAAACCUCGAUGACCACCAGAACGUGAAGACUCCCCCACCUUAUUAGGACGACCAGAGCGCCGAGUCGCACUACGAGGAGCUAAUACCUUGAUUAACCUUCUCUCUGUGUCAAUAUGAAACCUCUCAUGGUGUUUGUAGCAUUAAUUGCCACAGAGAGGAUCUCAUUUGAUUCCCCUGAAUGGAUUUCUGAAUUGUUUCUCUCCACUUCCAUCACUGCGUUGGUUUGAGUUUGUCUUGUGGUCUCUCAGUGGUCGGUUAACGUCGCAUUUACCCCGUCGUUGCAGUCUUGGCCCGUGUCCAUCCCUCUGUUAGAAACCCAACAUCUCAUCUUGUCUGCUACUUAACAAAACCGUACGAACACUUGGGGGCAAACUGUUUCUUUUUGCUCCGACGCCUUAUCUCUUCCUUCCUUUAGCCUUACACGCCUCCCUUCAGUUCACCUGUUAACAGCUGGAUUCUAAUGACUUCUAUUGUGCCUUGUUGCCCUGGUUGAGUCGUGUCGUAGUGCGAUGUGCAGCCGCAUCGCCCUGCAUCGCCAUCACUGCCACAAGAACAAUACACCAAUAACAAUCUGUACACAGUGAUCCUGGUGAUUGUUCCCUGUUGCCUCGAUUAGCUGCAGUCUACAUUUCCCACACCCACUCACCUUCAUCAUCUUACGUUUUAUUUUUUUUAAUCCAAAACAUUGUUUUUUAAAAACUUCAGUUUAAAACUUUUUUUUUUAUAAAAAAACAAAAAUCAAUAAUCUAACUGGUUCUGGGUGUAUGUAUUAAUAUCCUGUCAAAGUAACCCUAUCUAAUCACAACACAUGGAAUGAUAUAAAGAUGAUGUUUUUCUGGAUGUAUUUGUGAUGCUCUGCUCUGCUGUGCUUGGCAAAUCUAUAUCUAAAACACAAGAGGAGGGGCUAGCGUGUGUGUUGUGUGAGUGUGUGUGUCAAGUUUGUGCGCGUGGAUUGGAGUAUUUAAGGGGUGAUUACAGCUGGUAUGACCCCUUUGCUUCAGAUUGGAUUUAACACCACAAAAACUGAGAUCUAAGCCUCGCUAGACAAAGAAACGACACCUGUCAGUGUGAGUGUGUGUGUGUGUCUGUGAGUGAGCGAGUGUUAUUGUCAAUGAGGGGAGUUCGUGCUCCGGAUGGGCCCUGGUAGAAUUCUAGUUAAACUCUUCACCUGCUGGAAAAAGUGUACGGAGCUCGUAGGGAGAUAGUCCUGUUGCUGUCCCUCUAUGUGCUCAGAACUUUAAUGAUAACUACUAACUAACUAAUAUUAACUGUAGCUUUGAAAUCAGCGUACUAAUACUGUAUGAAGAUCUCCUUUGAGGUUAGCACACCUGUGUGAAUUUCUUUCUUUUUUUGUGUGUAUUUUUUGUGCUGUAUUUUUGAAUAAUAAAAGUCUUGAAAUUUGGAGAAAAAAAAA